AUAUCGCCCAACACUACACAGUUACCGUGCAAUUGCCUUUCAUGAAUACCCUCAUCGCAAGGAGGCCUUUUCUAAGACAGAAAUUCGGUACCGUAACAGCCGCACUCACGUUCACCAACGCCAUGCAUAUCCAGUCUAUUCCGAUGUGGGUGGGCAGUAGCAACAACUACGCCUACCUGGUCAAGGACGACAAGACCAACGACGCCGUCAUCAUUGACCCAGCCAACCCGCCCGAGGUGACCCCGGUGCUGCAAAAGGCCAUCAAGGGCGGCGAGAUCAAUCUUACGGCCAUCGUCAACACGCACCACCACUGGGACCAUGCAGGCGGGAACAAGCAGCUCCUGGGCGACCUCGGCCUGGAGAGCCUGCCCAUCAUCGGUGGCAAGAAUUGCGACGGCGUGACCAGGACGCCAGGCCACGGCGAGUCGUUCAACAUUGGCAGCAUCGCCGUCAAGGCGCUGCACACGCCGUGCCACACGCAAGACAGCAUCUGCUGGUUCAUGCAGGACGGGGAGCAGAAGGUUGUGUUCACGGGCGACACGCUCUUCAUCAGCGGUUGCGGCAAGUUCUUUGAGGGCAACGCCGAGGAGAUGCACAAUGCGCUGAACAAGACGCUGGCCUCGCUGCCAGACGACACGGUCGUGUUUCCCGGCCAUGAGUACACAAAGUCAAACGUCAAGUUCGCUGCGUCAGUGCUGCAGAACGAGGCGAUCCAGAAGCUGCAGGCCUUUGCGGAGAACAACAAGGAGACGCAGGGCAAGUUCACGAUUGGCGACGAGAAGAAACACAACGUCUUUAUGCGCGUCGAGGACCCCGAGAUCCAAAAGGUCACGGGGGAGAACGAGCCCGUGGCCGUCAUGGCCAAGCUGCGCGAGAUGAAGAACAACUUCAAGUGAUCCACCUCCCGAGUCUAAGAUUUGAUACGUCUUGGGGGAUGGUGUUGCAGAGUUAGGAUCGAGGGGACAGCCAUGGAUAUAUGCAAGUGGCAGCGGCACGGAAAUGACUGUGAGCAUAAUCCGUCACGCAUCCCGGGUGGAAGAGGGGAUGGCAGCAAGCGGGGGGGGGGAUUGCCCGGCUAUGUAACUUGGAACACCACAAGAUAACAGCACAGAAGUAUCACAU